ACAGCAGGAUCCUUCUGCUUCUAGAUGGUUUUUCAGCACAAACAUGGCAUACUAUAAAGAUUCAAAUGAACGGAGAAUCGUUCUAGUCGGGAAGACCGGAGUGGGGAAGAGCGCAGCAGGAAACACCAUCCUGGGCAGAGAAGCAUUCGAGUCUGAACUGUCUCCGUCCUCCCAGACGUCUGAGUGCCAGAAAGCCAAGGGGGAGGUGGGAGGCCGACAGGUCGCUGUCAUUGACACCCCGGGCUUGUUUGACACGAAUUUCACCCAAGAAGAAGUCCUGAAGAGGAUCAAGAUGUGCGUCUCUUUCUCUGCUCCUGGUCCUCAUGCCUUCCUGGUGGUCCUUCAGCUGGGCAGAUUUACCCAGGAAGAGAAGGACACCGUCAAGAUGAUUCAGACCACUUUUGGCGAAGACGCAGCAAAAUACACGAUGGUGCUGUUCACACAUGGAGAUCAGCUGAGGAAGCAAACCAUCGAGGGCUAUAUUGCUGAGAGUCCUGACCUGAAGGCCCUCAUUCGGACAUGUUAUGGUCGAUAUCAUGUCUUUAACAAUGAAAUCAAAGAUAAGCAACAAACCAGUGGGCUCCUGGACAAAAUUGAUAAGAUGACAAUGGCCAACGGUGGAAGCUACUACACCAACGAAAUGUUCCUGAAAGCAGAGGAAUCCAUAGAGAAGGAGAAAGAGCGACUCCUGAAGGAGCUGGAGGCACAGAGGAAGAAAGAGCUGGAUCAAAUGAGAGCCAGAUAUCCAGACAGGAUCUACCACAAGGAGGAGAAGCGGGUGUAUAUGAGAUACGAGCGUGAGGCCAGAGCGCGUGCUGAAAGGUCAAAUGAGUUUGUGGCUGCUCCAGCAAUAGCUAUAGCCACAGCCUGCGGCGCUGCUGUCGGAGGUCUGCUUGGAGUUGCUGGAGGUCCAGUCGGUUUGGUAGUUGGAGUGGCAGCUGGAGCAGCUGUCGGAGCCGCUGUCGGUGCUUUGUCAGUGAGAGUCUCAGACCGCUGCAAUGUGCAGUGAGGACAGAACAUUUAGUUAAAGCUGCUAUAAACGUUAUUUUACCUUCUCCCCUCCCUCCUCUCUAUAGCGAUGGCUCCAUUCUUCUUUUCGAGGCCGCUCUUUUAGCUUUUUUUCUGCUCUAUAUCAUCACAUGGCCUGCAGUAUAAACCCUCAGUGGGGUGCUAGAACUGAUAGCUUCCACUGUAUGUAUUGUAGGAUCCUGGACUCUGUCUGAUCACUGUGCAGACAGGGCUGCCUAUUUGUGACGUUCUCUGUUCUGAUUGGAUAAAGUGAGCGGGGAUGCAAGGGAAUGUAUUUCCUCUUUUACUACAGGAGCAGUUGGAGGAGAGACAUUCAAUACUCGGCCAAAACACUAUGUAACAGUGAUUUCUCUUGUAAUACAGAGCUUGUAUCAUUUUUUUUUUUUUUUUUUAAUCAGAAAACACAGUUAGAGCAGCUUUAAAUGAUAAUGUUUGUAAUUGUCUGCUUAUUUACUUCUUAUGUCACUUCUUUGCACAAAUAAUUUAAAAGAAAGAUUAAUGUAUAUUAUAAUUUAAGUUGUGAAUUCAAUUGUGCACCUGAACUUGUAGCUUGUAUCAUUCUGCAGCUUCAACAAUGUUAUGCCCACAUUAUAUUUGUACAAUAUAACUAAAAUCAUCAGUGCACUUGCCAUGAGAGAUUAUGAUAAAUGUGUAGCAUCUAAAUAAAUCAUGUUAAACUGA